AUGGAAUAUCCAAAUUGUAAAAACCAGGCACAGCUUCGCACGGGAAUAGUUGCUGACUAUGUUUAUACAAUGUCAACAGAAGAGACAAUAGCGUCUGGUUUGGGUUCUAUUGCGGACAUAGCUGUAUGCACUUACUUAGUAGUGAUGUGUAUAAUGUCUCUAUUCGGCAAUAUAAUUGUUUUAGUUGUGAAAAUAAAAAACAGAAAGCAGCUAAAGACGCAUGACUAUUUCAUUGCUAACAUCGCCAUCGCUGAUAUCGGUGCCGUCACUACAGGUUAUCUGCUUGCAGCAGUUUCCGCCUGUAAACAUAUGUGGUAUUUUGGUUCCAUUGGAUGUUCCUUGGUUGGAUUUUCUGGUUGGUUCUUCAACUGUGUCAGCAUGGUAACAUUGUCAGUCAUCGCGAUCAUACGUUAUUUAAUCGUAGUAGGUAACCAUGGAACAGCCAUAACACAGAAGACGACAACUAUUAUAAUCGCCAUGAUAUGGUUGUACUCAGCAUUUUGGGCGACUGCUCCUCUGAUAGGAUGGGACAGGUAUGCCCCAGAACCGCAUCUGACAUCGUGUACGUUGGACUGGACAAGUACUCAACCAGCUGAUAUUGCAUACAUUGUCUGUAUAUUCGUGCUGUGCUUCGCAUUUUGCUUAGUAUCAAUCAUAUACAGCUAUGGCGGCAUUAUUGCUAAGAUUAAACAGACACAAAGAAACUUAUACCCAGAAAGUCAACAAUGCGAGAUGAAUAAAGAAGGAAGAACAACUAAGGUGGAGUGUGAUAAUCUCAAACAAGUAACUGUGUAUGCAACUCCUGUUGGUGUCAUUCGUUGUUUGAUGGAGAAAGAUGAGAAAUAUUGA